AUGUCAUCUGUUACUUCAGAAGUUAAGGAGAAAGAGCUGGUAGAGAAAGUGGAAUUAAGGCUUGCGUUGUCAGAUACACCAGAUAAGUUCGAACAGAAUUUGGAUACUUUCUUACCACCGCUGCUUCUUAAGCUUGGUUCGCCACAUGCAUCGGUAAGACAGGCUGUAUUCAAUUCCUUGAGAGACGUAUUGGCUCGAUUGAAUUCGUUGACUAAUGUCAGGUUACCUGUUGAGAAGCUACUAUUACAAUCUCAGAAGCCACCAUUUACCCAAGAAUCAAACAAUGUACGUCUUUACAGUUUACUUUUGGCUUCUAAAGGUAUUGAUAGAUUAGAAGUAGGAGAGAAAAGGCAAUUGAUACCUGUGGCGAUGCGUGAGAUUUCAAAAUUACCUGAUGCAGCCGCAGCAAGAGUUUUCCACAUCGUUUGUAAAUUGAUUACGAGUUGGGUACCACCUCAGAGAAGUAGCAAAGAAGAGGAUGAAGCAUUUGAAUCUUUAAAACUUGAAGAUAGGGGAGAUCUCGAGUUUUUAGCUCAAAAAUUUACGCAAUUUUUCUUUUUAAUACCCGCCAAGGCUGAUCCACAGACGAAGAUAAUUCCAAGAGGUUACACAUGUCCUGGUUUAUGUGCUGAUGAAGUAUCCUUCUUCACCUAUACUGCUGGGGUCACGUUUACUAAAGAACAAAUGGUUCAUUUCAAGAGUUCGAUCUUUAAAUUUUUUAAUAGUGGAUUCACUCAAGAUACAAAAUUAUUAGCGAAAUUCCUUAUAGUUGCAUCGACUGAUUCAAGCGAUAUUUCUGAUACUGCAGCAUUUUAUUUGAAAAAGUUAAAUAUUUCUUCAGAGGAUCCUGAUUUUGUUGACUUCCUCAUAUCGUUGUACACAGGUGAUAAAAGUGUAGGGAAACCGCCAGUGAGACCUGAAUUACAGGAUAAAAUUCUUUCUUUUUUAAACAAAAGUGUUUAUGCUACGUCAAAUGCUAAAAAAGUUUCACAAAUCUGUCACAUUGGUCUUCAUUCUUCUCUUUACAGAUUGAGAUCAUCGUGUUUGACCUUUGUUCGUCACGUAGCACAACAUAACUACAAGAAUUUGAUAGAACAGCCAGGGGAAAAUGAAGGUAUUGGGUUUAAUGUUAAUAUUGCAUCCUUGAUUAGAAACAACCUGCAUUCUGAAGGCUGGCCCAGAUUACAAUUAUCAUCAUCGACACCAAAUUUUGCCAAUACCAUCUUGCAGAGAAGAUUACAAUAUGAAACUUUAGGUGAUAUUUUGAGUAGAGAUUUCGAUCUCCUCAAAGAUCUUUCCUUUAUCGAAUUUUUAUUCGACUCUUUAAGAGGUGAUUUCUCGGAAUUUCUGCCUAGUAUUCAAGAGGCAUUGACUUCUUUGACAGGUAGCCUUUCACAACUACCAGCAGCUUCAAAGGAAAAACUGAGGGAAAUUAUAAGAAAACACCUUUCUGAUGAUUUUGAACUGGAAUCUUCAGAGAAUAAAGAGACUAAAGAUUCUCUGAUGGCUUGUCGAUUUAUCUUGAUAAAAUAUGCCAAUGCUACUUUUGAAUUCGAUGAUUCAGAAGCUCGCUUAUUUAACAUUUGGGGAACCUCCCGUGCUAAUAGAUUUGAUAUUAUUGAGGAGUCAAAUAAAGGUUUAGAUCCAUACUGGUUUAGAAUGAAUCGUGCUUCUGACACUAAAGAAUUUAAGUCCACAAGUGAGUUACUCUCCUCUAGGAUCAGUGAAACAAUGCUUCCUUCCUUCCCUGAAUUCGUUGCCACUUUGCUAAAGGAAAACGACUUAAAGUCCCUGACUGUUACCUCCGUCAUCCGGGGAACUUUGGGAACCGCUGUCCGUUUCGCCAAGCAAUGUUUAAUUUCACAAGCAGUUCGUGGGAAAUCUACCUGUGUGGUUCAAGAUGAGGACUGGUCGUUACGUAUAGAAAAGGCAUUGGAUGUUGAUGAUAAAGUCUCUUCUCUAGCUUUGAACUUGAUCUCCGGUUUUGAUGGGGAGUGGUUUACAGGGUUCUUGAGACUUUUAUGUGGCGAAAUCAUUCAAAAGAACGAAAGUGGGAGACAUAUUUCUACUGCUAAAUAUCCCGACGCCAUUUAUGGAGAGCUGCUUUUGAUUUUGUUAAGGAAUUGUAGCGAUAAGACUCUGGGAGCUCUUGAGGAUUUAAUCCCUGCAUUCUACAACUUUCUGGGAACUAUUCAAACAGCAAACGAUUUAGAUAUUGUCUCAGGAGCCAAUUUGCUGGGAAUAAUAUCAGCCAGCGUCCCAAAUUCACCACACUUGAAAACUAUUGUCGACCAACGUAUUGAGACUUCUCCGGGUGGCGAAAUUGGCGCCAGUCUCAUUGCAGAUUCUUAUAUUUUUCCAAGAUUGUAUCUGAGGGGCCAUUUUAAGCUUGUGGGUAAUGAAAGACUGGGAGCUUUGGUCAGCAAUCUUUUAUCCCUCAUUUCAAAUCCAAAAUUAAAACUUCUCUCGGGAAAGCUUCUAUGUGAAGUCUCAAAGUUCGGUUUAUUGCGAGAAUUGGACUCUCAAGCCAGACACGAUACCUUAAAUCGACUGAUUGAUCUUUUGGGUUCUAAGCUAUUGAAAGAUGAAGCAUAUGUGGAAAUAUGGGGAACCUUUUCUCUAUAUUCCAGAGAAUUCGGCUUAUUCGAAGAAUUUUUUAACAAACUUUAUGAUACUCAUGUUUCUAAACAGAUUGAACUCAUUUUCGCCGUAGGAGAAUCGCUAUCCAUUUUGGCUGGUGGAUGGAAAAGUUCUUUCCUACUAAAGCAACUAGAUGUCUCAAGAACCGCUCUAGUUCCUUUACAAAAUUCAUUUGGAGACGAAAAUGUUGGUAUUGUUCUCGAUAAAGUCCUCAAUGCCUGUGAUUCAACGAAACCUAGCCUUAGAAAAUCCGCUUGCAUCUGGUUGCUAUCCUUGCUUCAAUAUCUAAAAAGUACAACUGAAAUUUCCUCUAGAUGCAAUGAAAUUCAUUUAAGAUUCAUGAAGUUCCUGGUAGAUAAGGAUGAGUUUGUACAAGAUUCCGCAUCCAGGGGUUUGAGUUUGGUGUAUGAAAUUGGUAAUGGUGAUCUGCAAGAAAGCAUGAUCAAGAGUCUCUUGAAAUCCUUCACAGAUUCCGCAAAUGCAAUGAAUAUGUCUUCGGGAACCGUAUCUGCAGAUACACAAUUGUUUGAUGAAGGGAUGCUCAAUACUGGUGACGGUUCUGUCAGUACCUACAAAGAUAUUUUGAAUUUGGCUUCAGAAGUCGGUGAUCCUGCUCUUGUAUAUAAAUUCAUGUCUUUAGCGAAGAGCUCUUCACUAUGGGCAUCCCGGAAAGGUAUUGCAUUCGGCCUAGGAGCGAUCAUGUCAAAAUCAUCUUUGGAGAACCUUCUAUUAGAAGACCGUGGUACCGCUGAGAAAUUAAUACCCAAGCUUUACAGGUACAGAUUUGAUCCGUACCAGAGCGUUUCUCGUUCGAUGAAUGACAUUUGGAACACUUUGAUUUCCAAUUCAAAUUCUGUCAUCAGCGAGUAUUUUGAUGAAAUAUUGAAAGAACUUCUUGCUGGUAUGGGUAACAAAGAAUGGAGAGUUCGUGAAGCAAGUACGCUAGCACUAUUGCAAUUGGUACAGGGCCAAGGGAGGGAGCAAUUGGAUGACAAGCUUCUGGACAUCUGGUUUAUGGCUUUCAGAUCUAUGGAUGAUAUUAAAGAGAGUGUUCGUGAAGCUGGUAUUAGAUUAACUACAGUACUUGCCAAGAUCUUAGCUCGUGCUGUUGACGUUAACAAAGGUGUUAAACCGGAAAAGUCUAGGCAUAUCUUGGAAAGCAUUCUGCCAUUUUUGUUGGGUACUAGAGGACUCAACAGUGAUGCUGAGGACGUCAGAAAUUUUUCCCUCAAGACAAUUGUUGAUUUGAUUAAAAACUCUGGAAGUGCCAUGAAACCUUUUGCAGUGGAACUUGUCCAUGAAUUUAUACUUUUAUUUUCCUCUAUUGAGCCACAGAUUGUAAAUUUCCUCUCAUUAAACGCUAGUAAUUACAAAGUGGAUGCGAAUACUAUUGAUAUGCAUAGAAAGACAACUGUUACCAAUUCUCCAUUACUUGAGGCCAUAGACAAAUUGAUUACCAAUUCGGAUGAUUCCUUAAUCGACUCCCAUGUGAACAGUGUGACCAAGGCAAUCAAGAAAUCAGUGGGGCUACCUUCGAAAGUGGCGGCAUCAACAGUGGUCAACAUUUUGGUUAGGAGAUAUUCCUUUUCUUUAACUCCUUAUAGUGGUAGAUUGCUCAAAGUAUGUGUAAAUCAGUUUGACGAUCGAAACGAAUCUGUACGUUUGACAUUUGCCCUUUCAUUUGGACAUGUAUAUCAUGUCGCUUCUUUGGAGAAGUGCGUCAAAUAUGCAGAACAGUUGUCUGAAAGAUAUUUCACGUCAAAUGAGUCGAUUUCAAGAAAAGUUGUAGGAUCUGCCGUGGAAGCAGUUUCCAAAUAUGCUAACAAACAAUUUGAAGAUGUAUCAGGGAUCUAUGUGCCAUUGCUGUUUAUAGCGUCUAAUGACGCUGAUGAAGUUGUAGGAACCUUCUUUUCUAAAGUAUGGACAGAGACCUCAACAUCCGGUACUGGUGCAAUGAAACUGUAUUUAAAAGAGACUGUUGAUCUGCUGCAGAAAUAUAUUGGAUCUAAGGAUUUUGCCAUGAGACGUACUUGUGCUAAAUCUGUAUCCCUACUAUGUGAAAAAGUUGAUUUAACUGUGAAGGAAGAAACUGUGCAACAGUUAUUUGAAAUUACAAUUGAAUCUCUCAAAGGAAGAACAUGGGAAGGUAAAGAAGUUAUCGUAGAGGCACUGGUAUCACUAGCCGUAAAAUUUCACGUAUACGUGAAUUCACACAGUGAACUGUCUGAAUCGUUACAAGAUGUUCUCACCGCAGAACUUGGUCGACAGAAUAAAAGAUAUACAAAGCAAAUUAUAUUUUCUUACUGUCGGUUUAUGGAAGUUUUUCCACAGCCAUCAAUGGUGGAUAAAUUAAUCCAAGUAGCACAGACCUUCUUUGAAGAUGGUGCCGAAGAUGGAGAUUCUUCCAACAAGAGAUCCAAACCCUAUUCUGAGAUAAGUCUCAAAUCAUCUCCCAAGAAUGUCGAACUUGAAGACUAUUCAAUCAAACUCUUAAAAUCGUGUGCCAAAAUUUGUCGACCUGUGAAUGAUGUAUACCCCUACAGUUUAUUCCACUUUAUCGUUUCCAAGAUUCUUUUCCUCUUACAAGAAGAUUUUGUCAUUUAUACUUGGAGAACUCAAGUAGGUGCCUGUGAGAUUGGAUCUGAAAUAAUGGAGACUUACAAUGAAAAAUUUGUUGCAGUUGAAUUCGAAGAGUCUUUGAGGAAAUUGUGGAACGAAUUGUUUAUUCGCAAUUCAACGAGAGAAACUGUUGACAACGCCAAGAUUCAAUUGGUGAGAUUCGGCAGUAAAAUCUCUACGAAAGACGCCUACCUGAGAAAUGAGAUCCAGAGAGAUUUGAUCAACCUAAGUGAAACCGAUGUUUCAGCUAAGGUCAGCAACGAAUUAAAAAUUCUAGGAAUAAAUGAUUAG